GCCCCUCCUCUCUCUAUAUAUAUCACCCCUACCUCAUUCUUCAUCAAGCUUCAUUCACAGAAAACCCUCCCUCUCUCUCUCUCUCUCUCUCUGACGAUCAACGUUAAUCUUUCUGCUUAACCAAUAUCGUUCGUCGAAAGAAGAACCUUGGAUUUAUUGUGAAGAAAUAUGAGCUCUCCAAGCAUCAACAUCCAGAGCAUUCUUUGCCCUACCACUAGGCCACAUCCUCGGACUCACCAGGGCUCUAAUAACUCUACAAAACCUGGACUCGAAUCCCAAAUGCCAAGGGUCAGUUUUCCACCAGUGGAUGAUGAUGGCUCUUUUCGUCCCGUUCCUCAGGUCCAGAAGCGGUACUUUAUGCAUGAUUUUGAUUUGGAUUUCAUUUUCCUGCAGCUUGAUGAAGCGUGCGUCGUUGACAAUGGAGUUAAAUGGUUCGAUGUAAAGGAAGAAUUAUUAAUGGAUGUCGUUGCACCUGCAGGUUUCGUAUUAUGAUAUGAUUAAUUAUAUUCUUUAUUAUCUAUUAUCUUUCUUAUUUUGUUCAUCAUUUCAAAGCUGCUUAAUUCUUGCAUCUGUUUCCUUGUACUUUUGUUUGCCUUUGAGAUUAAUAUAAUCAUUAUCAGAACA